AAGAAACUCUGCGGCGGACAAAUGGCCGCUUCUUUACAAGCCGCCGUCAUCACCGUGAAUAUGCCGUCACGCUCCGUCGCAAAGCUCCGGCAACCUUCACAGAGCGUCUCUAAAUCCUUCGGCGUCGAGCUGGUGACAAGCCGUGUCUCCUGCUCCCUCCACGACGAUCUUAAGAAAUUGACUAUGCAAUGCGUUGAGGCUACCAAGAUCGCCGGUUUUGCGCUCGCCACCUCUGCUCUUGUCGUCUCGAGCAAGACUUACAUGGAAGUGAAAGGAACAGGAACCGCGAACCAAUGUCCGACCAUUGAAGGUGGCUUGGAGUCGUUCGCCAUAAAGCCAGGCAAAUACUACGCCAAGAAGUUCUGCUUAGAGCCAACUUCAUUCACAGUCAAAGCCGAAGGAGUUAGCAAGAACUCCAAACCGGAUUUCCAAAACACAAAGCUCAUGACCCGCCUUACCUACACGCUCGACGAAAUCGAAGGCCCUUUCGAAGUAUCAUCCGAUGGAAAGGUGAAGUUUAUAGAGAAAGACGGUAUUGAUUACGCUGCAGUGACAGUACAACUUCCAGGUGGGGAGCGUGUGCCGUUCUUGUUCACGAUCAAGGAGCUCGUGGCGUCGGGUAAACCAGAGAGCUUUGGGGGAGAUUUCUUGGUGCCAUCUUAUAGAGGCUCGUCUUUCUUGGACCCUAAAGGCCGUGGUGGAUCUACGGGAUAUGAUAAUGCGGUUGCAUUACCUGCUAGAGGAGACGACGAAGAGCUAGCUAAGGAGAACAACAAGAACACAGCUGCUUCAGUUGGUAUGAUAACACUUGGUGUAACUAAGAGUAAUCCUGAGAGCCGUGAAGUGAUGGGUGUUUUCGAGAGUAUUCAGCCUUCGGAUACUGAUUUGGGUGCUAAGACUCCUAAGGAUGUUAAGAUCCAAGGAAUUUGGUAUGCCCAACUUGAGCAAUAA